AUGCAACUGCACUCUGACCAGACUGUUGCUUAUCAUCGAAAUCGACGUUUAACGCAAGAUGGCAAGCAUCAAACAGUCGAUAUGGAGGCAGUAUUUGAAAGUGUUCUUGAGGAUGCGUCUCGGGCAGUGGAGAAUGGCUCAGAUACAGCUCAGAUGCAGCUUUCUGAGGUGGAACUCGAAGGCUCAAAACAACAAAGCGUUCCUCAGCCACAACAGAUCAUCACACAAGCCUCCGUAGAAAAUGGAUUCACUGCAGUGCAUCAAUCAGCGCAAUUGAUGAAUAGUUCUAAAAGCUAUGAACAGCAACAACCCGUUGGGUAUUCCGAGGAUAUUGAGGAUUUGAUGGCUGUUCUUCGUGACGAUCAAGAUGAUGGUCUCAGGCACGGGUCAAUCCAAAUGGAUCUCGGCGUCGGCUACGGUAGCGAAGAGUUGGCUGAUCUUCUCGGUGAGGAUUGGUUGGAUUGCGCUGAUCGCAGUAUUACAAAUAAUGGGCACCAUAUACCGUACAAAAAUGAAUCACAUGACGAAAAACUGGUUGCUCGUGCGCAGCCCAAGUUUUACUAUGCUUUGUCGGGUCUGGAUCCGGCAUGCCAGGAAGGUUCAGAGAUGAGUUGA